UUUUGAGUAAAAUGAUGCUCUUUUUGUGUGUUGCAGUGUAAGACAUGCUCAGAGCCAAAACAGAUGACCAGCUCUUCUGCUUUAUACCACAACCCCAACUUGAUCAAACCAAUCCCUCUAAAGCCCAGGGAAAAUCAGCAAGUCCAGAACAUAGAUUCUGAGCCUCAACACCUAUCCCUAAUGACCCUCUUUGGAAAGCAGGAAAAAUCAAGCUUAUACCAAAAUGCCUCAGAGCCAUCUCAGAAACUCCACCAAGACACUUUCCCUCCGAGGCAGGGAGUUGUGCGCUCUUUGUCUUACGAGGAACCUGGAAGACACUCACCCCCAGCAGAAAAACAGCUCUGCCCAGCUAUUCAAAAACUGAUGGUGCGUGGGGCAGAGCUUCACCCAGUCUCUGAGCUCCCGGAGAACCGCCUCUGCGAGAAUGGCAGCCACCCUUCUGCGGGAGAAGCUUUCGCUGGGCUCUUCCAGCCCGUGGCUUCACCGAGUAUUAGGACCUCUCACCCAGCCCAGAACACAGCCAGCACACGGAGCCUGCUCCAGCAGUUGCAGAGCCAGUCGGAACAGACAGCUAAAGUGGAAGCCAACAGCAUAGGACUAGCAAAUUCAGCUGCACCAGUCUUCAGCAGGACUCCAGCCAUCUCCUCAGUGGCCCAGGUAAAGAGCCUAAUACAGCCACCCAUGAUGUACUUCAAUGGUUCCCUCCCAGGCCAAACGUUGGGAGCUCAAGCUCUUGGUAAAGAACAAUCCAAACUUCCUGGGCAGCCACUUCCUCUCUCUGGGAACCAGUCUGGAAAUUCUGGUGUAAUUUCACCUCAGGAGCUGUUGAAGAAAUUGCAGAUAGUGCAACAGGAGCAACAGCUGCAUGUAGCCAGUCGGCCAACCUUGGCAGCUAAAUUUCCUGUAGUUACGCAGGCCACCACCACCACUCUGAAACCUUUGGAUUCUUGGAUGAACAAGGCUUCAGCUACAGAAAAGCAGCCCCCUCUUCUUCAGGUCAUCUCACCGCAGCGGAUUCCUGCUACUGUAGCUCCGUCACUACUGAUGUCCCCAAUGGUAUUUAGUCAGAGUGCCCCACUGCUGCCGAAACCAAGUGAAAGUGGAUGGCUGCCAGUUGUGAAUCAAGAGAGUACUUCUGGGUCAGCAAACCUUCUUCUCCCUCUGCAGAAUUCUGAAGCAGCCAUCCCAAACAGCAACCCACUAACAAAGUUACAGCUACAGGAAACGCUUCUGCAUCUGAUCCAGAAUGACGACAACUUCCUAAACAUCAUCUACGAUGCUUAUCUUGGCAGCGUGAGAAAAGUGGCACUGAAAAAACCCAUCUGAAGCAUGACAUUUUAAUUAAACGUAGCCUGGUUUUUGUGUUUGGAACAGUAACACAGAGGAAGGCAUUUUUAACCUCCUGCGAGACUUUAAAUGAUGUUCAUUGGAAGCAUAUAUUGUACUAAGAAACUAGUACACGGGAUUCAUAGUGCCUUCCUGAGGGUUUGAUGACGUGUGAAGAUAAGAUCAAAAUAUCUUAUAUCAUGAUUCCUUUUUUUAAAAAAAGAAGAAGUGUAGAUGUUCACAGGAGCCACCCCUUCCAUCAAAAUGACAAAAGCAGCAUGAUGAUGUCGUGAUGCAAGUUCCUCCCUUUUCGUGCGUGCCUACACCAUGAUGCGUGUACCCAAGGCGUGGAGCUUGUGUGUGUUGCAUCCGUGCACUUCUGCUUUUGUCUUCUUUUUUUUUUUUUUGUCUUUUUUGCCUCCCACCUGAAUGCCACUGCGUUGCUGAUAUGCUGGCUCGCAUAAAGAUUGAUCUGAUUGCUUUGGUUUUUCCAGUCUUUGGUGACGUGUGUUUUUAAAUGCAUAACGGCUCUUAAUUACGUGGGCACUGAAGAGCCCUGCAUGCUUCGAAAACUAUUUCAGAGAAGUGCUUCAAGCUUCACGUGAACGCAGCACCUCCUUGCUAUUUGAUAAAGCUGUUUCAUUUUUUUUCCCAGGCUUCUGCGAGAGCAGGACAAAGGCAUGAUGCUUUAAGGAAACCACUCAUCAGCUCUUAAAGCAGCAGCGCCUUUUUUUCUGGCUUAGACAGAAGACUGAAAAAAAAGGAGAUGCUCAAUGAAUAGGAGAGAGUUGCUUGGUUGCACAAGGUUGGAAGCCUUCUUCAUUUUUGGAAUGUGUGCAGCCCUGGAAUUUUGCUGGGAGUUCUACUUUGAGCUAUUUAGAAAGAAUAAUACUCUUUAUUGGCCACCGGGUGGCAGAAUAGCUCUGUUGUUUUGAAAUAUGUAGCCCUGUGAAGUCCAUUUUAAGCAGGUGAUUUCUACAGUUAUAUGAGAGAUCUGCCCUGGUUUUUCUCUAUCAUCUCAGCGGCCAGCAAGUUGUUCAGAAAACAGCAAAGCUUACUUGAUCCCGCAUGAUUUCAUGAAGGUAGGGUACCAAAUCUGGAUGAUCACAAGAGGGCAGCAAACAGUUUCAUAAAACUUUAACUCUUUGAUACUGUGUAGUGGUUAUUUGGACUUUUGUGCCCCAAAUCUGUUAGCUCUAGUAAAGGAAAUGAGUGCAUACAAUCCAGCAGCCUUCUUAACACAUCUGGAGAACUCUAGGCUAAACUCUAGGCAAUUCUUUCUGUCAUAUCACUUCAGUGUUUCAUAAACAAACACCAUCUGGCCCCAUCCCCUGGAACUUGCUAACUUAACUGGAGAAUGAUUUUCAUGUUUUUAAAAUGGCGUUCAUACUAUGAGUUAGAAAUGGCAGCGGGGAGAAGGUUUAGGGCUAUCAGGUACAGGCAUCAGGAAAGAGAUACGGAAAACUUGAAUGGAUUUUUCAGCCCAGAUCUGAGAGCCAUAAGAAGAUUAGAGUAAGGUUUAUUGCUGUAAUAAAUGUAUAUCCCAUGAGUCCAAGGGGCUGUAGAUAUUUAUGUCAGUUAUUCUGUGUUUUAUGGGAGCUCAUCGGUUGCUAAAGUAUCUGAAAGAGGGAGCCAGUUAAGAGAAAUACAGAAUUCCCAUGUCAACUAUGGGGUUUGGUUAAGACACCGUUUGGAUUAUGUUAACUGCAAUGAAACCCAAAUUUAUCCACAGUCUACAAACUAUGAAAGAUGUAAGAUUGUCCUCUUUUUUAAAAAAAGAAAUUGUAAGUAAGUCUUUUCUAUUUUGUGAUGACAUUAUAAAACUAUACUUGUUCGAAGUAAUCUUUUGUUUCCAGCUGUUCUUACCUUGUGAUAUAUAACCUUCCCCAAGCUGCUGCUUUCCAUUUGUGUUAAAUUAUAAUUCCCAAACUUCCCAUCCUGUACGGGGAUGUAAAGGUUGUAGUCAAAUAUAUCCGGAGGAACUGUGAGGUAGACUGAUGUAGAAAUAGGCCAACUCCUGUUUGAGAUUCUUUUAAGGGAUGGCUGUAUUGUUUUAAAUUAUUCUAUUAAAACCAGGACAAAGAAUGAGUCUGUUUCACUAUGUUGUUCCAUGAACAGAUGGGCAAUAGUUUCGGUGAUCUAUUUGUAAAAAAAAAAAUAAAACGAA